GGCCGGAAGCACCAAGACGUCAGAAGAAGUGCAGCUCGAACUCGAUGCUCUAUCAGCAGACAUACGCACAAAUGAAAGGGAGAAACAAGCUAUCAUGACUGAACGGGAUCGCCAGAAUAACUCGUUGCGAACGUUUGAAGGCGACCUUCACUCAAUGGAAAUGCGCGAAAUGACCCUUAAAAAUCAGAUUCGCGAUAAAGAUACUUUGGAAGAACGUAUCGCCUCUAUGAAAGAGGAGAUCAUUACGCUUAAUGCGAGAUCGAAGGAAUUGGACAGCAAGAUUGCUGAAGCACAAGCUCCUAUAGAACGCCUUGAUCAAGAACAUCAGCAAGCACAAAGCGAGCUAAAUGAUAAACUACUUGAAGCUCAGCGAUCAUCACAGGAGCUCAAUGUAGAAGUAGAUAAGUUGGAAAACGUAAACAAAAAUGUUGAGCGAUACGCACGGGAAAAGCGUGCUCGCCUGUUGAAAGAAUGCAGCGAUAAGAUUGAAGACCUGGAGGCUGAAAUAAAGGACCUUGGCAUAAAAAUUGAAAAUGUCCGCGACAUUGUCGCAAAAAUCGAGAAAGAAAUUAAUGAGAGCGGGACCUCUAUGGCUAAUCUACGCGAGAAUAUCCGGAUAAGGAAACUUGGCCGCGAUAUCAAGGCUACGCAGGCUGAGAUUGAUUUAUGUGACAUGGAAGAAGCUGCUAAAGCAAAGAGAACUUUUGACACUAUCUAUCCAGUUCAAAAGCAGAAAGAAACAGAUGCUCAAAGCAAGUUCGCACAUAUGGGAGGAGAGAUAACCUCGCUUGAGGACCAACUUCGGCAGCGCGAGGAUGAUCUUACGGAAUUUAAAGACAUUAACAAGCAGUAUACUAAUCAGCUAGUCAAAGUGAAGAUGUCUGAUAUGGCAAACAACGACUUAGAGAAGUAUGCUAAGGCGCUGGACAAUGCUAUCAUGAAGUACCAUUCUCUCAAAAUGGAAGAAGUGAAUGAUACAAUGCGGCAUUUGUGGAACAAGACCUACCAGGGUACCGAUAUUGAUGGUAUCAAAAUCCGAUCUGAUGUAGAAGGAGGAGCAUCUAAGCGUUCUUAUAAUUACCGGGUUGUUAUGACGAAAGACCAGGUAGAGAUGGAUAUGCGUGGUCGUUGUUCUGCGGGGCAAAAGAUGCUAGCUUCCAUCAUAAUUCGCCUGGCAUUAUCUGAUUCCUUUGGGCAAAACUGUGGUAUACUCGCACUGGACGAACCAACUAAUGCUUUAGAUACAGAGAAUAUUGAUGCUCUCGCGGCGAGCCUUGUCGAUAUCAUCAACGAACGCAAGAAUCAUGCUAACUUCCAGCUCAUCGUUAUUACUCACGACGAGAAUUUCCUUCGCAAGCUGGGUCAGAGUGAUGUUAUGGAGUACUAUUGGCGUGUUUCAAGAGAUUCCAGGCAGAAGUCUGUGAUCGAACGGCAAAGAUUCAGAUAGUUUUCCCCAAUUUCCUUCUAUCCGCGCUGAGUGUCUUUAUCCACACUGUAUAUUAUCAAUAAGCCACAUGUUAUCCUACACGCCAAAAUCAGAUUGUACACCUCUGAAGCCAGGCAAUACAUG